CCUAACUUGCAAUCAUGCAGUUCAACAAACCAGGGUCUGCUCUGGAACAACCUGUUGACAGGAAGUACGCGUUCUGUACCAUCUAAUUUUUGCAAUCAAUUGUACACAUUCAUCCUUUUCCACUUUCCAUGCUAUGCUAGACAUAACUCUUCGAAGACAAAAAUGCCUGGGAUGUCGCCGCAGCCGCGACACGUCACCUCCUUUUGAGUUACAGUGACAGGCGCCACUGGCAACCAUUCCCAGCCUCUGCAUUUGGUGGCCACGCUGAAAAGGUCUUUGAACGUGAUGUUUGGCGCUCACCAAUAUUAUCAGACUGGUUGGCUCGGUAUGAACGCAGCUACCUUGUGGCGACUUACUUUAACCGGAGCCGCAACAAGCCUUUGCUCUUUUUUGGUUCCAUCACGAGCAGUUUACGAAGCAGAUCGUUAUGAAUGUAUAACGGGUCAUGGAGCCAAGCCAUAUCUGUUCGUUUCUCGCCUUAGCCUCAUACUAGUUCGGUCCCUUGUGUGCGCAUUUCGGUUUGGUAUGUCCACGUUCUCCUUUAAUCUUAAAAUUUGUUGUGAUAACAGACUCGUGCUCAUGAACGCGCCAUACUACACCCCUCUAGGAUGCACUUCCAAUUUUUUUUUAAUUUUUUAAUACAAAAAGGCUGAUUAGAGAAAUAUUUCUACAUUAUAGUGCAGACGGCAUCGUGUAAUUAUUCACAAUGUGUGAUCUACCUUGAUUCAAAUGACUAGGAAUGUCACUUCCGAUCUCCCCUUAACACCGUCUGUAAGCGAAGAGAUGGCAGAAUCUUCGAUAUGGUUUAAGGAAUUACUACUGACACUACCCCCAUUUUACAUGCGUCCUCGGUAAGAACACCACGCGGAACAGGUACCUUGGAUACCCAUUGAUGUUCCAGCAGCCUCAUUCGAUAGUCUAUCCAAUUCCUCUCCUUUCCCAUGCCACGAUCUGCGCUUGCUCACAUCUGUCAUUCAAAUGAAA